UAGCCGCGGUUGUUAUAAUUAGAGAAGAUAUCUGACCAAGAUAUUUGACAUGGACAAACCAAGGACUUCCAUAAAGUUUAGAUAAAAGUCCUUUGCCGUGAAGAAACCCACGUUGUUUACGUUCACUGCGCAAUUAUUACGCUUCUUUAAACACACUGAACUCUCUUCUCGGCAUUGAGGACGCUUGUGGGUCUCUAAAUUAUGAGCAAAUAACAAUAGGCUAAUAUAAAUAAAACAAUCAAAUAUGAGCCCGUCAAACUCCUUCAGUAAAGCUGAGCUCAUCACUGCAGUCUCUGUGUCAAUUGGAGCUGCUGCAAUGGGAAUACUCAUCUACAAAACAUUUUGCAACAAAGACAAAUGUGUGAAGGUAAAGGUGAACCUUGAUCUGCAGAAGGAAAACCCCAAAGUGGUGCAUGUGUUUGACAUUGAGGACCUGGGUGAUAAAGCCGUGUACUGUAGAUGCUGGAGAUCUAAAGAGUUCCCCUACUGUGAUGGCUCACAUGCAAAACACAAUCAGGAAACUGCAGACAACGUUGGUCCACUGAUCAUAAAACGCAAGGAGGCCUAAGAAAUAUUCAGAGCAUUCCCACCAGUCACAACAGUCUAUACUCUGUGAUAGAGAUAAUUGUGCCUUUGCUUUAUAUUUGGUCAGAGUUGGUAAUAUUAAAUGUGUGAUGAUGUUAUCCUCCUGUGUGUGAGAUACUAUAUCAUAUGGUUGACUUGUUCAAGUGAUCUGUUCUCAAACCAAAAGCAUAACAGUAAGUUUUGGUACUUGGUAUAAGUUUUGACCUUUGAAUGAAGGACCUGGGGAUGAUUGUUAAGGUGUACAUAUAUUUUUUACUCCAUCUCCUUGGACUUCAUGGGGUGACUGAUGUGUACUGGUUUAUCUGAUAUGGUAUGAUUUUUGCCUGUUUAAACACGGGUCAUAUGUCACUGUAGCAGCAGUAUCAGAAAACUUGUACUCCUUGGAUGUAUGAAAACACAUAAGUGGAGGUUUGAACUGAGUUUCUUAGUUUUAAGAGAUACACGUGAAAUCCAUAUGAAAACCAUGUGGCAACCUGUGCUCUUUGUGUUAAAAUGCAUAUGUGACCUUAUCUCUAAAUUAUGUAUUUAAAGAUAAAUGUGGUGUUUUCUUCUAAUCUCUCUAUUUUGAAACAUAGUCACUGAAUCUGACAGGUAUACGGUUUUCUGUCAUUUAAAAUCUAAUUUAGUGAGAUGAGAUGUAUUUAUUCACACUAAUUAUAUUUUUCCCUCUGUCAAUCAAAAGACGUGCUUGUGAAAAAGCUCUGUAUAUUUGUUGAUGUGAGGAAAUAUAUUUCUAUAGCAGGACAGAAAAGCUCA